AUGGUGGAGUGGACACGCGCUGAGAAGAGGACUUUUCUGCGGCAGAGAGUGGAGGCGAGGCUGGCUGCGCUUUUGAUGGAGAACAAGGAGUAUGUUGAAGCUUUGGCGCUGUUGAGUGGUUUGGUGAAAGAGGGUAGGAGGUUAGAUGAUAAGCUUCUUUUGGUUGAUAUAGACUUGUUGGAGAGCAUCGUUUUGUUUGCCAUGUUGGUCUCUGCGUUUAUGAUUAGUGGCUUUGUGAUAACUCUUUUGACUCAUGAACCGCUUGUCGUUAAAGAGAGUUUGAGUUUUGAUUACACUAAGAAUAGUCCAGAAGCAUAUGUGGCUAUUACUCGAGUUAACACUCCGAAUCACAGGACAGAGAUCAGUGUCUUAAUGACAUUACCUGAGUCUGAGUACAACAGAAACCUCGGGAUGUUUCAGGUUCGUGUGGAUUUCUUAUCAGAGAAUGGUCAAGUGCUUGCCACUUCGAGACGGCCUUGUAUGCCGAGGUUUAGAACCGAGCCUAUACGUCUUGUUCAGACUUUCUUAUAG